AUGUGGGAUGCUAUUAUACCAGUGUUGGUCUCUGUGAAUGAAGAGAAGUGCUAUGCAAAUAGUGCUGGAGGUUUGGUACACACAAUGGAGAGUUUUAAUUUUGUGUUCAUUAUGAAACUGAUGCUGAAACUUUUCCGUGUUACAAAUGAGCUUUCACUUCUUUUGCAAAAGAAAGAUCAGAAUAUUGUUCAAGCCAUGUCUUUGCUUAUUGAUGUGAAAGCAAGAUUGAUUGAAUUGAGGAAUAAUGGUUGGGAGGAAUUAUUUGCUGAAGUUCAAACCUUUUUUGAUUCAAAGAAAAUUGUGGUACCAAAUAUGGAAGCACCAAGGCCAAGAUGGGGCCAAUCAAGGCAAGAAAAAGGGAUAAUGGUUACUGAAGAUCAUCAUUACCAUGUUGAUACAUUCUAUGCUGCAUUAGAUGCUAUAAACACCGAGAUGGAUCACUGCUUCAACGAGGUCUCUACAGAUUUACUUGUUAGUUUUUCUUGCCUAGACCAAAGGAAAUCUUUCUCAAAGUUUGAUGUCGAAAAGUUAGCUCGACUUACAGAUAUCUAUGACGCUGACUUCUCCAUUAGUGAUCGCGGAUUUAUAAGGGAUGAACUACAACUCUUUAUCCAUCAUGUUAGGAGACUUCCUGAUUUUUGUGGUUGCACUGAUCUUGGUAGUUUAGCAAUGAAGAUGGUGGAAACUGAAAGACAUAUGAUGUUUACCUUGGUUUAUUGCCUUAUUGAGCUCACUUUGCUCCUUCCAGUGGCAACGGCAUCUGUCGAAAGAGUCUUCUCAGUUAUGAAUAUUAUUAAGACCGAUUUGUGUAACAAGAUAGCUGAUGAUUGGCUCAAUGAUUUGAUGAUAUGCUAUGCCGAGCGUGAGAUAUUUAAAGGACUUGAUGAUGAAGUGAUUAUGAAGCGGUUUCAAGCCAUCAAAAGGCGGAGAAUGAAUUUGCCAUGUCCUCCACGACAUAAUUAG